CAGGGGCUGGCUCAGGACCUACAAUUGUGCUGCGAAGUUUGGUUUGGCCUGAAGAAAGGGUGGGAGGAGAGAGUGGGCAAGGCUGGGAGGCUUGUGAACAAGAGCCCCAGCAUCGGCCCUUCAUCCCUUCAGAGACCCUUGUGAGGAGGUUGAGCCUCACUGAGGGUAGGACAAAGGGAGCCUGAGCAGACAGAGAGGGGCCUGGAGGGGAAAGCACUGGUUUAGGGGAGGAAGUGGGUGAAGGAGCCAGGCUGACAUCAGUAAUCAACAGGCAAAUAACAUAGUUUCUGUUGCAGGGGUUUCUGGAGGACUUCUAGAGAAAGGAGUGAAAAGCAGGUUAUGGGCCAGUGUCCCUGAGGGAGAGGGCUGUUCAGGGAAAUCCUGGAGUGGGGGCAGGCCCUGAAGCUGCCCUCCACAGCCUUUAAUCUGUAGAAACUUGGGUCCCUCAGCGGGGAGGGCUUUGUCCCACAGAUAACUGGUGAGCAGAGGUGGCCACCCCAGGUCUCAAUGACACUGGGAGCAGUCACACUUUCCAACCUGGGCUAAGGCUGGGUCCUGACUCGUGCCAGUCUGGCAUGUCAAGCGUUUCCCAUCAGGACGGGCCCACACUGAAGGCCUGAGUUGUGCACCCCGUUUUUAGGCUGUCCAUAUUCAAAGUUAUAAUCAAGGCAACUUUAAAAAGAAAAGGUCCCAGGGAGGAUCUCUGAUUCUGACUGGAUCUUUCAGUGGAGACCUGGGAAUCUGAACUUUUUAUCAUCCUUUCCACAGUGAGGCCAACAGGGAAUCAGGCAGAUGAAAAGGAGUGAACUUCACUCUUCUCUUUUUAUCCCGUUUGAAUUUUGUAUCCAAAGCAAGUAUUACUCUGGUAAUGCAAGAGACCACUUCACUGAUAAAAUAAAACCCCUCAAUUCCCACAUCUGGUAGACUGUGGUCAUAGCACUGUCUGCCUAGCACUUCUGGUGACCCAAAGGGUCUCAGGACAGGAGCUGGGCAGGCACUCGGGGUGGUCACCAAGCAAAACUGCUAGAGCUCCAGCUGGCUUGGCCGACACCAGGCUGCCCUCUUCCCUAAUGCUGGAGUAAGCCCACCCAUAUCUUGAAAAUUGCCCCAGACCCCCUCACUGCUAAGUCCACAAGAAAUCAAAUUCUUUCCUUUAUGUGACACUGGAUUUUCCACAAAGUAAAAUCAAGAUGAGUAAAGAUGUGGUUUCUAGAUAGUACCCGACAAAGCGGAGACCAGGGUGGGAGGCGUCACACUUGGCCUAUAAAAGCUACCGCAAGAGGCCAAGGCCACAAGCCACUCAGCUUAGGCCAGCCUACGUGUCUACUCCUCGCUCCUCCUGUGUUAGCUCUAGGCUCCAUGGCGCUCUGGCUGACCGUGGUCAUUGCUCUCACCUGCCUUGGUGGCCUUGCCUCCCCGGGCCCUCACUCAAGGAGGGAGCUCAAGGAGCUCAUUGAAGAGCUGGUCAACAUCACCCAGAAUCAGGUAUCCCUCUGCAAUGGCAGCAUGGUGUGGAGCGUCAACCUGACAACCGGCAUGCAGUACUGUGCAGCCCUAGAAUCUCUCAUCAACGUCUCUGACUGCACUGCCAUCCAAAGGACCCAGAGGAUGCUGAAAGCCCUGUGCACUCAGAAACCCUCAGCAGGGCAGAUUUCCAGUGAGCGCAGCCGAGACACCAAAAUUGAAGUGAUCCAGUUGGCAAAAAACCUGCUCAACCAUCUAAGGAGGAAUUUUCGCCAUGGAAAUUUCAAAUGAAGGAUGAAAACCUAGCAUGGCUAUUUGCAGAGGCAGACCUGACCAUUUAAGUUAUAGAUUCAUUUUUCUUUCAGAAGUUUCAAAUUACUUGGGGAGAUGGAGGGGGGAUGGGAGGGGGGCACGAUUUCCUUAGCUUAGACCUCAGCCUGUGCUGCCUGCCCUCGCCUAGCCGACCCCAGCUGCCCUUGCCUUGGUGCACAGGGCCCUCCUCCAUCUGGGCUCUGAGUUCUGUGAACAACCAGGGGCAGGGAUGGGGGAGGGGGGGCGGAGCACUGCCUCUCACGACUGCCCCCUCCUUAGAGGGAACGGCAGCAUUACACCAAGGACUCCACCUUGGCAGACACGUAUAGGAGGCGGACCUGCUCUAUACGGGGACAGCUAAGGCAGACAGCGGCUCAGGCAUAUCUCUUCUUGGCCUUAUUUAUUACUGUGUGUUAUUUAAACAAAUGUUGUUUGUCUGUGCUGGGGACAGGGAGGACUGUCACCACCAGAACCUUGAGCUGGGGGCCCAGUGACUUGGGCUUUAGGAGUCCCUGGGAAUAAGCACUGUGUGCAAAAUUCUGCUACCUCAUUGGGGUCCUGGGGCCGACACAGGGGACAGGAGAGAGGGCUGGAGUAGCUGCUCUUGUCUGCCAGCCAGCAGUUGGCCCUCAGCCAAGAAGUAAUUUAUUGUUUUUCCCUGUAUUUAAAGUUAAGAAAUAAAAUGUUAUCAAAGAGUUAAUAAUAUAUAGAAGAGCAGCCUAGAAUGCUGCAUCUGGUGUGUGUGGACUGUGGGGAGGGGUCAUUGAAUGUCUUGUUUCACUGACUUUGUCAAAGGAAGCCAGAAAUAAAGACAGUGACAAGAGACCUGAUGAUGUUUGUCUUUUACUGUGGCCUUUGGGAAUCCUGGCCUAUGUUCUUCUGGAGGCAGGGCAGU